AUGGAACAAAAUCAAUUGAUGAAGCCUCUUGUUGGCACACUCUCAUCGUUGUCAAGAACGAAACCAGCCAUAUCAAUACCAAACAAGCGGUCGUUUAUCCGUCUACCAACAGAGAUACAUAUGCACAUUGCAUCGCUCCUAUCAUACCCAGAUGCCUUAGCUUUAAAGCAUACCAACAGCUACCUCUACUCGCUAGUUCGAACCAACUUACCUCUACGGGUCGACUGGAUUAUCGAACGCCACGAGAAGGGUCUCGCAGUUCCUAGAAAAAACUGUGUGCUCCGUACGGAUGAACUGUUCUGCAACAGCGAGGUCAAUCAGAUCAUGGAGAGGAGGCGGUGGCACCUUGAGUGCAAACGAGGGCGUGCCGGCUGUCGGGUGGUUGAAGGAUCAAGCUGCGGCGGGUUAUCGGCCCAGCAGUUAUUGAAGGGGAAGCGACUAAUGUUAAUACUGAGUCGGGGGGGUAUAUACAUUGAGAAUCGAGUUCUCUUUGCUGGCGCUUUACUUGGCCUAAUUGCUCUUCUUUGGAGAUUCUUUAUCAAUCACAAUGUGUAA